GGCCAUGGAGAGCCCCGAGAGCAGCGAGUCCCUGCGGGGCGAGAUCAGCUUCUGGGCUGACCGGACCCCAGUUCAUGAAGCAGCCAGGAGGGGAGAGACCCUGCAGCUGCAGCAGCUGAUAGAGAGUGGAGCCUGUGUCAAUGCUGUCACCUACGACUCUAUCACUCCACUGCACGAGGCGAGCCUGCGGGGACAAACGCAGUGUGUCAAGCUCCUGCUGGCUGCAGGGGCCCAGGUGGAUGCCAGGAACAUCGAUGGCAGCACGCCGCUCUGCGACGCCUGUGCCUCGGGUAGCAUAGAGUGUGUCAAAGUGCUGCUGUCCCAUGGUGCCAAGGUGAACCCUCCCCUGUACACAGCCUCUCCUCUCCACGAAGCCUGCAUGAAUGGUAGCUCAGAGUGUGUGCAGCUCCUCAUCGACGUCGGUGCCAACUUGGAGGCUCACGACUGCCAUUUCGGGACUCCCCUACACGUGGCUUGUGCCAGGGAGCAUCUGGACUGUGCCAAGUUGCUGCUUAAGGCAGGGGCUAAUGUGAAUGCUGCUAAACUUCACGAGACAGCCCUGCACCACGCAGCAAAGGUGAAGAACGUGGACCUGGUGGAGAUGCUGAUUGAGUUUGGAGGAAACAUCUAUGCAAGGGACAACCGAGGGAAGAAGCCUUCGGAUUACACUUGGAGCAGCAGUCCCACAGCAAAAUGCUUUGAGUACUAUGAAAAAACACCUCUGAGCCUGUCCCAGCUCUGCAGGGUUACAGUGAGGAAAGCAGCCGGGCGGCGGGCGCUGGAGAAGAUCGCCAAGCUCAACAUUCCUCCACGGUUAAUCCAGUACCUGUCCUACAACUGACAGGGAUGAGGAUGCCCAGGAAGGACAGUACCUUUAGCU